CAUUUUGGUUUUUCCCGUUUCCGGUUUCCCCUCGUCAUUUCCCCCCUCUUUUUCUGUCUUUUCUUUUAUCUCCAGCAGUGAAAUAUAACUCCCCGACAAGGGGAGUGAACUUCAUUCCAAAUCGGCGAGCCCCCUUCUCUCCUCGACCUCCUUUUCUGUUCCGUCUAUCCCCUAGAUCGAGCUUCCUCGGAGUUAUCGAUGCCGGAUCUUGGCAACCUCCUCCUCCCCUCUGUUGCCCCGCCAACGGUGGUCGUCCAGCACGGCGAUCCUUCGUGUUCAUCCUCGUCCUUCCGCCGCGAAACCCUAGAUGGGAACUCCGAUCUGGACCGCAGGUGGAGCAGCCACCUCCGGUUCGCGAUAUCGAAGGGCAGCUCCUGCGCAGAGCUCAAGAGGGACCAAAGCGCGAAGAUUGCCGACGGGAAAUCGUCACUGGAGGAUCACGUGCGGGAGUGGAAGGAGAAGAGGAUCGCCUCUGGCGUUCCAGAGCGGGAGUGCACCUUCCCUUUCCUCACUAAUGCUCCAAGAACGGUUGAUUGUCGGAUGUGUAAUAGGCCUAUCUUUCCUGGAGAUGAAAUACGCUGCACAGUCGUUGGUUGUCAAGAAGGUUAUCAUUUAACAUGUGUUAAGCAGAUGAUUGGACCCACAUGCAAACCUUUCAAGUGCCCUCAACAUGGAUGUUUCAUUUGCAAACAGAAAGGGCACUGGCGUUGUGUUAGAUGUGAAGUGGCAGCACAUGCAAAAUGUGCACCAUGGCCAAUGAAUGUCAUCUAUUUGAAAAAUCAACCAGGACGAGCUGUUUGUUGGAGGCAUUCUUCUGAUUGGCGUCUUGAGAAGGAGCAUGCAGAUCCAACUAGUGAUGUUAAGGAAGCAUUACUGCGCUUACCUCUUCCAUAUGCUGAUGAAGAGUUUAAGAUGGGCUCCAUCCUGAAAGAUGUUAUGGACAAGACCGAGCCAGCUCCCUAUGUACACAUCAGACGGAAUAUUUACUUAAUCAAGAAGAAGCGAGAUGGUUCUGAGACUAGUGGUGGAUGCACUAAUUGCAAUCCUAACUCGACAUGUCAGGAGAAUUGUGAAUGCAGGGGUCUUUCAAUUAGUUGCUCCAAGGAUUGCCAUUGUUCUGAUAUGUGCAGAAAUCGUCCUUUUCGUAAAGAAAAAAAGACCAAAGUUGUUAAGACAGAAUAUUGUGGAUGGGGAGUUGUUGCAUUAGAGGUUAUGGAGAAGGGAGACUUCAUCAUAGAGUAUAUUGGAGAAGUUAUUGAUGAUGCUUUAUGUGAAAAAAGGCUGUGGGACAUGAAACAUCGAGGGGAUCAGAACUUCUACAUGUGUGAACUUCAUAAGGAUUUCACAAUAGAUGCAACUUUUAAAGGAAACACUUCUCGAUUUCUAAACCACAGUUGUCAUCCAAACUGCAAACUAGAGAAGUGGCAAGUUGAUGGGGAGACACGUGUAGGUGUCUUUGCUUCUCGCUCAAUAGAAAUUGGAGAGCCACUGACAUAUGAUUACAGAUUUGUGCACUUCGGACCCAUGGUUAGAUGUUAUUGUGGAGCAUCCAACUGCCAAGGAUAUUUAGGAAGCAAGAAAAAGAUAAGCCAGAUUCCACUGUCCUGGGGUUGCAAAAGAAAGAGAUCUAUCAUGGUUCUGCGCGACAGAAGAUUCAGUUGAAGGAACAAAGUAAUUUGUUAUUUUAUUUUUCCAUGCGCUACAAUUAACUCAAUUGAUUGUACCUCGAGCUAUGGGGUUGAAAUUCCUUUUUGCCAGUUACUUUUUUAUACCUCUUCUCUGCCUGCGACAUCAGUUUUGCUGGUGUUGUGGCGUGUUGAGUGACCUAAGAUUCCUGUUCACGGCAAAAUUUUCUCGGGGUGGCUAAAUGCCUCCGCCGUCUUGGAAGAAGAUUUAUGAUGUUCAGCCAUUCAAAUUGACACUUAAUUGAAUCUAUUGAAGUUUAGUUAUAA